CUGAUAGUUGGCCCCGGUUGAAGUCCGGGUAGUGACAUGCAGCGCCUGGCGCACCCCCUAUGACUCUUCGACGCGUGCUACUCUCUGUUGCAUCAACAACAUCCCAUCUCUCUCACAAUAACAUUCAUCUACACUCAUUAAAAGCAUUGCAAAUUCGUCCGUUUUCUUUUCAAUUUACAAACUAGACAGCACACCCCCAAUAUGGCUUCUGAUCAAGGGCAGCAGUGCCUUCGUAUGGCAUCAUCCUCUUCUCUCUCUACGUCCGCUGGACUGUCCUCAUUUGUUUCAAGCCCCAUGGCCGGGGCCACCAGGUUGUAGAGCCUACGAGUUUCGUGCUUCUGAGAGAUAGUAGUUUUCUCGGAAGUUUGGGAUAUAUUCUCUAUUCCUAGCCUUGUCGGCAAUUGGUCCAGUGACCAAAGUUUGCUCUUAUAGCACCCUUUUAUUCUGAAAUACAAUCACAAAAAAAUACACACAACACUAUUCACUUCAAACCAUACAGUCAUACUAUUCUUCUUUCGAUACACACACAGCAUACAGCAUAUCAUAGACAUACAUGAUGGAGUCAAAAACAGCAUACAUGGAGAGCCUCCCCGUGGAGAUUCUGCUGGAGAUUUAUUCUCAUUUAGAUGUGUCUACCAUUUUCAAUGUCUCGGCGACAAGCAAGACGAUGCGGCACUUGUUCCAAGAACGGCGCGUGGAGAUUCUGAUCCCGAUUUUGUCCCGGGAAUUUAGCCCGUUUGACGAAUUGCUUCAGGUUUAUACGGCCAAAUCGGUCGAUAUUGUGGGAUCUGCCACGUACCACCCGCGCCGCAUUGUCUUUCAACGGUCGGCGAUGGACAAGGGCGUCCAUAUUGCAUCUGAAGUCCCAGCCAAGGCAUCCUACAGGGGAUCCGGCAUGCAGCCUGCUGCAUCGUCAGCUUCGCAGCCGACCAUCCUCACUGAGGAUGACAUGGACAAGGUUCUCAAGAUGUGUCGUCUCGUUCGGCAGUGGGAGCAAAUCUUUCCCCAGAUGCGGUGGUUCCAAGAGCCUGAGAACUGCAGGACGUUGCGUCCUCAUGAGAUGGCACGGUUUAGACGGGCGUUUUAUAGAUGGUGGCUUUAUGGCGUCUAUUUUCAUGGCGAGCUGCCACGCCCUCGCAUUGGGCUGCCUGAGCCAUUGGUGGAGGAUAUUCGAACGAGCCAGCUGCGAUACUACUCGACCUCGGAGUUAUUGGAGCUGAUGGAUCUCUUGGAGGCGAUCAAGGAUCUCAUUUGCCACUACAUUUGCCCACGUCUCGACCCUUCUUCUUACGAUCUUGAAAAUCCAGAUGAUGGCGAAGAGCUUCCUGGCCCUUGCCCGUGGGACCGCAUCAUCUCGACCUAUGCCAAGCUUGGACCCGAGGAGCUGAUGCACUACUUUGACAACAUCUACAGCUAUCCUCGUAAGCGGCUGAUUACAGAGAUUCGCCUACAGCGUCCUGGGUUCACAUUUGACCAGGAGUCUAUUCAGCUGGCCGUUCAAUGCGUGCUAACUGAGAGACGUCUCUGGGACCCUGCGCCAAGCUUUGCUGAGAACAGCUCUGGCGGCAUCCUCGACUUUGACGACGAGCGAGACUUGGAGCGCGCUGUGUUUGGAUCGGAUGCAAGCAGGGACGGCAACCUUCCUGCUGGCCUCAAGGCUAUCCAUUCGCAGUCUCGGUUUUCUCCUCGCGGCGACGACGGGUCUUAUCUGGAGGAAAUUCAUGCGAGGAAGAUGCUUCGUAAUAUGGGACGGACUGCCAUUGUGCAUGCCUGAGUGCUAGGUGGAAGGGUUUUGUUUUGUUUAUUUGUUUAUUUGAAUUUCAGUAGACUAUUGUCAAAGUAGCCAUGCGUCUUGAUCAUUAGGAUCAUGUCAGUUAAAUUUUAUUUGCAUUUUCUUUUAAAACACAUCUCCG